AUGGAAGCAGGGAAGCCAAACCACAUAUCAAUGACUACACCCAGUAUAGAAAAUAACACUAUGUUUCUGGAAUAGCACAUUCUAAUGGUCUGGAGGUUUGAGUAUCCCAGAGUUCUUUUGCAAGCACUUUGAAAUGCCCUACUCAUGUCUUACUGUUAUAUCAUCAAACUGCCAGACUUCAAUUGUAGUCUGAUCUACAGUGGAACAACUAUGAUUGUGAUGAGGAAUGUGUGUAGUGCACAGCAAUUUACAUAGGUUGUAUUCAGUGUGUCAGGUCAGGUAACAUUGCUGUGCAAUGGGAGUUUUGUCUCACUUUCCUGUCAAUGCAAAUAGGGCUUAAACGUAGUAAAUGUAAGUGUGUGUUGAUCAAGAUUACUCCUGGUGGGUUUUUUGAUGAUGUUGACUUUUUAUUUUAUUGUUCACCAAAUUCUGAUGAUUGAAUUGUAACAUUGAUUUCUAUUAAAUUGAAUAAAAGUGGAUUCAUUUGAAAUGAGAGCGUGUGUGCCUGUACAUUUCCCCAUUGAGGGGAAGAGAAGUGAAAGAAAGACAAACUGAAAAAGGAAGAUUAAGGUUCCUGAGGUUUUUCAGCUAUGUUAAGUAUCUCAAAUCAACAAUCACUCAUUGUCCCUUAUUGUAUAAAUACACAACAAUAUGAAGGAAUUAUACAUGUCAUUUGUGUUGACUGUUAAAUCUGGUGAUGAAUACAGUACAGAUUAGAAGCCUUCUUGAGAUCUUGAGAUUGAGAGAAUAAACAGGUGAAAAUGGCACAUAGUUUCAUACCAGUAACACGUCUUCCUGCCUCAGACUCACCCCCUCAAACAACAGACUUCCUGUGAUCUAGUUUUAAGGUCAGAUGGAAGCUCUUGUAUAGUUAAUGAAGCGUUAAUUGAAUGUAAUGUUUAUGAAUACACUGAUGGCAAUGUUUAAAAAAGAGAUUGGCAGGUAGCCUAUUGUUAAGAGCAAUGGACCAGUAACCAAAAGGUUGCUGGUUUGAAUCCCUAAGCCAAAUAGGUGAGAAUUCUGUAGAUGUGCCCUUGAGCAAGUCACUUAACCCUAGUUGUUCAUAUAUUUUAACAAAUAUUUAAGAACAGUGGGCUGGCUACUAGUCAGUAUGACAUCUGCCCAUAUAUUUUAAUAUUUUCACCCUAUCCUUCAUAGAACUCAUUCACAUUAUAAUUAAGGGGUCUAUAACAUUGUUUUUAAAUGCAGUGAGAAAUAGUAUUGAAUUUACCAUUAUCAACAUAGCAAUUCGUAUAUGACACAUUAGAAAUGGUCAAUGAGGAAGUUCUACCACAUGACUUUCAAAGAUAAAUAUCAAGCAGGAAAACGGAUCCCAUAGAAAACAAUUGACGCGCCUUGCUCUCCUCUGAAGUCAUCAUCAAGUGCAACCGAGUUUUACAAGGUAAAACGUUUGUCAGUUUUCAGUCGAAGCGGAUAGACUAUUUCAAGUUCAUAAUGUAGCUAGCUAAACUCGUUUUAAUUAGGUAAUUUGUUUUAACUUGACCCUAUUUAAAAGCAUUUUCAUAAAGCAUUCGUUUUACUUUCGUUUUUAAUUUGUCAAUCACACCAUUAUUUUCUUAUAACCAUUAUUGUAUUUAUGUUUUCUUCUUUCUGUGAAAUUGUCCAAUUCCUCUUUUCAUUACAACCUUUUUUGUAACUUUUGGACAACAUCAACGUUAAUUAGUUGUACAGUUUCAUAAACUGGGUGAUUUCUACUGAUAGCCUAGUGGCAAACCUACUGAGAUACUUAUUUAACUAAACAAUAAGCAUAUCAAACGACACAAUAUGCUUCAUUUUUAUGAAAUUAUAGAAUUUGACCUGUUUUGGGGCUUUCUUUUACGCAGUAGAGAUCGGUUAACAACACCGGUGCGUCAGGUAGCCUAAUCUUGAACACUGAAGCUUCCUAUUGAAUAGGCCAUUAACAUUUUUCUAUAUAUAACGUUUUUGUAGAAUCUGAAUGAUGGAGUUAUUUAUUUGAUCAGUGUUAAAGACUGUUGAUCAACAGUUUGCUUGCGCAACAGUUUCAAUACCCGUUGAUGGUUGGUCUUGUGACAAGCUGACUCAUUGUGUAUAGGCUACAGUAGUUCCCGUCGCAGUAAAUGGUUAUUGAAAUUUGUUGAACUUAUUUGUGGAACUUAAACUGAAUUGAGUAUUUGAGGCACACACACACUAUUACUUCAUUAUUUGUAUCCAAGAUAAAACAAUAAAAUAUAAUUGCCUCCUGGUUGAAUAAUACUUUUUUAUUUUCUGUACAGGCAUGAUGUUGUGGAGACUGCUGCUCACUGCGCUAUGUGGCACAGCAGUUGCCCUGUUUGACCCAAUGCUGGAACAGCACUGGCAGAUGUGGAAGAAGACACAUGGCAAGAACUACCAGACUGAGGUGAGAUGAGCCAGCAUCACUGCAAGAUGUUUUGGCUAGGAUGAGGCCAAGCUGCUACUAUAGUGGCAUUUACACAGGUUCUGUUUUCUGUAUAGGUUGAAAGUACCACAACCUUUCCCAAAUAUAUUCUUACAUGUAACUAGCUAACACUGAAUGCAUUGUGAUUCAACCUGUGUGGUUUACAUAUUUGAAAGUGUAUUGUUUUAAAAGUCAUAGACUGAGAUUUUUCUACACCUGUGUGUGUGGAUACUGUGUAGGUUGAAGAGCUGGGCCGAAGGGAGAUAUGGGAGAGGAAUCUUCGGCUGAUCAGCCUCCACAACCUGGAGGCGUCCAUGGACAUGCACACCUAUGACCUGGGCAUGAAUCACAUGGGGGACAUGGUGAGGGCCUCAGGUCACUGACAAUGCCAAGGGCCAGUUUGGAACUCAGACAUCUGAAGUUGUUACUAAACUUAGUAUCUACCUCCAUAAAAUUUGAUAGUGCUUGUGUGGAAUAUGAUUCCAAAAAAUGUAUACAGAAUAUGGUAUGCUUUCAGUAGGUAAUGCAGUCUGGCCUGGUUUACAUGACGGAAGAGUAAAACAUUUAGAUUUUGACCUUCAUGUUUAUUUUGUUGAGUUCCUUUGUCGUUGUUUUCCGGUGUUCUAUUUUCUUGGCCAAUAGGUGUUGAAAUGUUGCUAAACUGGUUUCCUAAAGAUGAAUGAGCAUGACUGCAAAUAUACUUCCUUAUGCCUCUAGUAUGUAUAACAAGUGGCUGCACCCUUUCAUGAGAACGCAUCUGAUUUGUUUUCUGUAAAUACACAAGCUAAAGUAUCAUCACAUUGACCUAUGUGCCUUUAAAUGUAUUUGUGAUCCUGUUUCAACAUGUAUCUCCCUCCAGUUGAUGUAGCCUUGGGUUCAUGGGAUGGGUUUAUGAUACUGAUUAUGUGUUGCAUCUCUUGUCAACUAUUUUCAGACCCAGAAGGAGAUUGUCCGGUCUUUUGCCUCAUUGCGUGUUCCUGCUGACCUCAAGAGGGAGCCCUCUGCAUUUGUAGGAUCCUCUGGUGCCCCCAUACCUGAUACUGUUGACUGGAGAGAGAAGGGCUAUGUCACUGAAGUCAAAAUGCAGGUAAUGAUGAACAGCUCCUUUAUGUACUGACAUGUACAGUGCUGCUUGAAAGUAUGUGAACCCUACAGGGCAGGUCAUUAUUUUGCUAUAAAGUAUUAAAAUAAACAUAUCAAAUCCUUAUCUAAACCCCAAUUCGUAAUAAAGACUUCCAAGUAAAUGACAGAAACAAAAAAAAAAGAUAUAUUUUCAUUGUUUAUUUAACAAAAGUGGUUUAUUUAACAGAAACUCGGAUUUGAUGUGUGCAAAAAUAUGUGAACCCCUUCAGUCAAUAGCUUGUGGCACCUCCAUUAGCAGCGAUAACUUGGACUAAACAUCUCGUUUGAGGGGUGUCUGGCAUGAACUGCUCGCUUCAGGUCCUGCCACAGCAUCUCGAUUGGAUUUAGGUCAGGAUUUUGACUUGGCCAAUCCAAAACACAAAUCUUCUUUCUCCUGAGCCAUUCUUUGGUAGAUUUGCUUGAAUGCUUUGGGUCGUUGUCUUGUUGGAAGACCCAUUUUCGAUCCAGCUUUAGCUCCUUGACUGAUGGCCUGUCGUUCUGUUCAAGAAUCUCCUGGUAUAGCUCAGAAUUCAUGGUUCCCUUAAUGAUGUGGAGUUGUCCAGGUCCAGAGGAGGAAAAGCAGCCCCAGCUCUUGACAUUCCCACCACCAUGCUUGACUGUUGGGAUAAGGUUAUUUUGGUGGUAGGCAGUGUUGGGUUUUCGCCAAACAGUGUGAUGUUGAUUGUGACCAAAAAUGUCAAUUUUGGACUCAUCGGUCCAGAGAAUGGACUUCCAGAAACCUUCAGGUUUGUCCAGGUGGUCUCUGGCAAAGUUGAGACGGGCAGUUUGGUUCUUUCUUGACAGCAGAGGCUUCUUCCUAGCAACCCUCCCUUGAAUGGCAUUUCAAUUCAGUGUUCUUAUUGUUGAAGCAUGCACAGUUACCUGAGAUGCAGUAAGGGAGGUCUGCAAAUCUCUAGAUGUUAUGUUUGGGUUGUCUUUUGCCUGAUUUAUUAUUGUUCUUGUGGCUCUUGGGGAUAUUUUGGAAGGGCGUCCACUUCUAGGCCGAGUUGCUGUCAUGUUAAAUGCUCUCCAUUUGUAAAUUACUUGCCUCACAGUGGACUGAUGGAGCUCAAAUCUUUUUGAGAUGAUUUUAUAGCCUUCCCCAGACCGAUGUCCUCUGAGAUCUCCUUUCCUAUCGGCACGGUGUGCUUUGCAUUCACCUGGAUGGGUAACACCAAACUGACCAGGUUUCUUAUCUCUAUUUAUCAGAGUCCCACCCAAACUCUUUCCUAACGAUCUCUCCUUUGAUUGGUUCAUUUGGUAGCUCAUUUUUUACCCACCUCAUUCUACAUACCUACUUGAUUUAACCAAUGCAACUUGGGGUUCACUUAUUUUUGCACCUGCACUAAUUUCCUUUUUAAUUGUGUUUUUCUACUACACGCAUUAUUUCCUCUACGCCAACAUAUGGUAUUGGUAAAUAUAAACCUGUUAUGUCAGAUCAAAAAGACUGGUUCUGAUUAAAUGAAGAUUUCAUGGUAAAAACCGAAAGAAAUUUGUAAUUACACAAGGGGUUAACAUACUUUCAAGCAGCACUGUAUGUGUAACUGAUAGAUGCACACACACACACACACACACACACACACACACACACACACACACACACACACACUACAUGUUCAUGUUUUUAAAUGUAUGUAAAUUGUUAAGUAUUUUGUCUGUAAUGUCUUUUUUGUUGUGUCGGACCCCAGUAAGACUUGCUGUCGCCAUUAGCUAAUGGGGAUCCUAAUAAAUCAAAUCAAAUCAUAUAACAUUUGUGUACAUGUGUACGGUUGUAUGUAUAUCAUAAAUGAUAUGUACAGUGAGGGGGAAAAAGUAUUUGAUCCCCUGCUGAUUUUGUACGUUUGCCCACUGACAAAGAAAUGAUCAGUCUAUAAUUUUAAUGGUUGGUUUAUUUGAACAGUGAGAGACAGAAUAACAACAAAAAAAUCCAGAAAAACGCAUGUCAAAAAUGUUAUAAAUUGAUUUGCAUUUUAAUGAGGGAAAUAAGUAUUUGACCCCCUCUCAAUCAGAAAGAUUUCUGGCUCCCAGGUGUCUUUUAUACAGGUAACGAGCUAAGAUUAGGAGCACACUCUUAAAGGGAGUGCUCCUAAUCUCAGCUGGUUACCUGUAUAAAAGACACCUGUCCACAGAAGCAAUCAAUCAGAUUCCAAACUCUCCACCAUGGCCAAGACCAAAGAGCUCUCCAAGGAUGUCAGGGACAAGAUUGUAGACCUACACAAGGCUGGAAUGGGCUACAAGACCAUCGCCAAGCAGCUUGGUGAGAAGGUGACAACAGUUGGUGCGAUUAUUUGCAAAUGGAAAAAACACAAAAGACCUGUCAAUCUCCCUCGGCCUGGGGCUCCAUGCAAGAUCUCACCUCGUGGAGUUGCAAUGAUCAUGAGAACGGUGAGGAAUCAGCCCAGAACUACACGGGAGGAUCUUGCCAAUGAUCUCAAGGCAGCUGGGACCAUAGUCACCAAUAAAACAAUUGGUAACACACUACGCCGUGAAGGACUGAAAUCCUGCAGCGCCAGCAAGGUCCCCCUGCUCAAGAAAGCACAUAUACAGGCCCGUCUGAAGUUUGCAAAUGAACAUCUGAAUGAUUCAGAGGAGAACUGGGUGAAAGUGUUGUGGUCAGAUGAGACCAAAAUCGAGCUCUUUGGCAUCAACUCAACUCGGCGUGUUUGGAGGAGGAGGAAUGCUGCCUAUGACCCCAAGAACACCAUCCCCACCGUCAAACAUGGAGGUGGAAACAUUAUGCUUUGGGGGUGUUUUUCUGCAAAGGGGACAGGACAACUUCACUGCAUCAAAGGGACGAUGGACGGGGCCAUGUACCGUCAAAUCUUGGGUGAGAACCUCCUUCCCUCAGCCAGGGCAUUGAAAAUGGGUCGUGGAUGGGUAUUCCAGCAUGACAAUGACCCAAAACACACGGCCAAGGCAACAAAGGAGUGGCUCAAGAAGAAGCACAUUAAGGUCCUGGAGUGGCCUAGCCAGUCUCCAGACCUUAAUCCCAUAGAAAAUCUGUGGAGGGAGCUGAAGGUUCGAGUUGCCAAACGUCAGCCUCGAAACCUUAAUGACUUGGAGAAGAUCUGCAAAGAGGAGUGGGACAAAAUCCCUCCUGAGAUGUGUGCAAACCUGGUGGCCAACUACAAGAAACGUCUGACCUCUCUGAUUGCCAACAAGGGUUUUGCCACCAUGUACUAAGUCAUGUUUUGCAGAGGGGUCAAAUACCUAUUUCCCUCAUUAAAAUGCAAAUCAAUUUAUAACAUUUUUGACAUGCGUUUUUCUGGAUUUUUUUGUUUUUAUUCUGUCUCUCACUGUUCAAAUAAACCUACCAUUAAAACUAUAGUGUCACGCCCUGACUCUGGGGACUCUUAUUUGUUGAGUCAGGGUGUGAUUUUCUAUGUUGUAUUUUCUAUGUUUUCUAUCUAGUAUGUCUAGAUCUAUGUUGGCCGCUGUGGUUACCAAACAGAGGCAGCUGUCGCUCGUUGUCUCUGAUUGGGGACCAUACUUUGGCAGCCUAUUGGGACUGUGUAGUUGUGGGAUCUUGUUCCGUGUAAGGUAUGUUUUGUGUUCUACCUUGGACUUCACGGUUCGUUUCGUUUGUUGUUUUGUCGUGUUGUUUAUUCGGUUCAAAUAAACAUGUACGCAUAUCACGCUGCGCCUUGGUCCGUCCCGUUCAUCAACGAGCGUGACAGAAGAUCCCACCAAACGAGGACCAAGCAGCGUGCCCAGGCGGAGAGAGUAGCCAUGUCACAGGUGGGAAAUUGGUGGUCAUGGGAGGAGAUAUUUGCGGGGAAAGGGCCAUGGGCGAAGGUAGAUGCCCAGGCAGGAGAGGAGCAAUGGCAACACAGAGGACGCCGGUCGAGGAAGAAGGCCGAGAGACAGCCCCAAGAAAAAAAAAUUGGGGGGCUAAAAGGGUGGUUGGCGGAGCCUAGUGUUAGAGCAGAGCCAACUCCCCGUACUCAUGCGAGGAAGCGUGUGACUGGGCAGGCUCCGUGUUAUGCGGAGCUACGUACUGUGUCGCCAGUGUGCCGGCACAGUCCUGUAUGUCCUGUGCUAGCACCACGCACGCACGUGCCGUGCGAAGAUGGGCAUCCAGCCAGGACGGGGUGUGCCGGCUCAACGCUCCUGGACUCCAGUACGCCUCCUCGGUCCUGCAUAUCCUGCGCCGGUUCUACGUACUGUAAAUCAAAUCAAAUCAAAUCAAAUUGUAUUGGUCACAUGCGCCGAAUACAACAGGUGCAGACAUCACAGUGAAAUGCUUACUUACAGCCCUUAACCAACAGUGCAUUUAUUUUUAACAAAAAAAGUAAAAAUAAAACAACAACAAAAAAAGUGUUGAGAAAAAAAAGAGCAGAAGUAAAAUAAAAUAACAGUAGGGAGGCUGAGAAUGGGGGCGUGCUCAGUCCUCUUUUUUUUCCUGUAGUCCACAAUCAUCUCCUUUGUCUUGGUCACGUUGAGGGAGAGGUUGUUGUCCUGGCACCACACGGCCAGGUCUCUGACCUCCUCCCUAUAGGAGGCCUACCACUGUUGUGUCGUCGGCAAACUUAAUGAUGGUGUUGGAGUCGUGCCUGGCCAUGCAGUCAUGGGUGAACAGAGAGUACAGGAGGGGACUGAGCACGCACCCCUGAGGGGCCCCCGUGUUGAGGAUCAGUGUGGCAGAUGUGUUGUUACCUACCCUUACCACCUGAGGGCGGCCCGUCAGGAAGUCCAGGAUCCAGUUGCAGAGGGAGGUGUUUAGUCCCAGGAUCCUUAGCUUAGUGAUGAGCUUAGAGGGCACUAUGGUGUUGAAUGCUGAGCUGUAGUCAAUGAAUAGCAUUCUCACGUAGGUGUUCCUCUUGUCCAGGUGGGAAAGGGCAGUGUGGAGUGCAAUAGAGAUUGCAUCAUCUGUGGAUCUGUUGGGGCGGUAUGCAAAUUGGAGUGGGUCUAGGGUUUCUGGGAUAAUGCUGUUGAUGUGAGCCAUGACCAGCCUUUCAAAGCACUUCAUGGCUACAGACGUCAGUGCUACGGGUCGGUAGCCAUUUAGGCAGGUUAUCUUAGAGUCCUUGGGCACGGGGACUAUGGUGGUCUGCUUGAAACAUGUUGGUAUUACAGACUCAGUCAGGGACAUGUUGAAAAUGUCAGUGAAGACACUUGCCAGUUGGUCAGCACAUGCUCGGAGUACACGUCCUGGUAAUCCGUCUGGCCCUGCGGCCUUGUGAAUGUUGACCUGCUUAAAAGUCUUACUCACAUCGGCUACGGAGAGCGUGAUCACAUAGUCAUCCGGAACAGCUGGUGCUCUCAUGCAUGCUUCAGUGUUGCUUGCCUCGAAGAGAGCAUAGAAGUGGUUUAGCUCAUCUGGUAGGCUUGUGUCACUGGGCAGCUCACGGCUGUGCUUCCCUUUGUAGUCUGUAAUAGUUUUCAAGCCCUGCCACAUCCGACGAGCGUCAGAGCCAGUGUAGUACGAUUCAAUCUUAGUCCUGUAUUGACUCUUUGCCUGUUUGAUGGUUCGUCGGAGGGCAUAGCGGGAUUUCUUAUAAGCGUCCGGGUUAGAGUCCCGUUCCUUGAAAGCGCCAGCUCUACCCUUUAGCUCAGUGCGGAUGUUUACUGUAAUCCAUGGCUUCUGGUUGGGGUAUGUACGUACGGUCACUGUGGGGACGACAUCAUCGAUGCACUUAUUGAUGAAGCCAGUGACUGAUGUGGUGUACUCCUCAAUGCUGUCUGAAGAAUCCCGGAACAUGUUCCAGUCUGUGCUAGCAAAACAGUCCUGUAGCUUAGCAUCUGCGUCAUCUGACCACUUUUUUAUUAACCAAGUCACUGGUGCUUCCUGCUUUAGUUUUUGCUUAUAAGCAGGAAUCAGGAGGAUAGAGUUAUGGUCAGAUUUGCCAAAUGGAGGGCGAGGGAGAGCUUUGUAUGCGUCUCUGUGUGUGGAGUAAAGGUGGUCUAGAGUUUUUUUCCCUCUGGUUGCACAUUUAACAUGCUGGUAGAAAUUAGCUAGAACUGAUUUAAGUUUCCCUGCAUUAAAGUCCCCGGCCACUAGGAGCGCUGCAUCUGGAUGAGCGUUUUCCUGUUGAUUUAUGGCCUUGUACAACUCAUUCAGUGCAAUCUUAAUGCCAGCAUUGGUUUGUGGUGGUAAAUAGACAGCUAUGAAAAAUAUAGAUGAAAACUCUCUUGGUAAAUAGUGUGGUCUACAGCUUAUCAUAAGAUACUCUACCUCAGGCGAGCAAAACCUCGAGACUUCCUUAGUAUUUGAUUUUGUGCACCAGAUAUACACAGACCACCACCCCUUGUCUUACCGGAGUCAGCCGUUCUAUCCUGCCGAUGUAGCGUAUAGCCCGCUAGCUGUAUGUUAUCCAUGUCGUCGUUCAGCCACGACUCGGUGAAACAUAAGAUAUUACAGUUUUUAAUGCGUGCACAGCCCUGUGCGUCCUGUGCUAAUGCCUCACACAUACUGUGCGGAAGUAGGCAUCCAGCCAGGACGGGUUGUGCCAGCUCUCCGCUUCAGACCUCCAGUCCGCCUCCACAGUCCGGUACGGUCCGUUCCUGCUCCUCGCACCAAGCCAGUGGUGCGCGUCGCCAGCCCGGUCCAGCCUGUUCCUGCUCCUCGCACCAAACCAGUGGUGCGUGUUCCCAGCCCGGCCUGUUCCUGCUCCUCGCACCAAGCCAGUGGUGCGCGUCGCCAGCCCGGCCCGGCCUGUUCCUGCUCCUCGCACCAAGCCAGUGGUGCGCGUCGCCAGCCCGGUCCGGCCUGUUCCUGCUCCUCGCACCAAACCAGUGGUGCGUGUUCCCAGCCCGGCCUGUUCCUGCUCCUCGCACCAAGCCAGUGGUGCGCGUCGCCAGCCCGGCCCGGCCUGUUCCUGCUCCUCGCACCAAGCCAGUGGUGCGCGUCGCCAGUCCGGCCCGGCCUGUUCCCGCUCCUAGCACCAAGCCAGUGGUGAGUGUCGCCAGUCCGGCCCGGCCUGUUCCUGCUCCUCGCACCAAGCCAGUGGUGCAUGUUCCUAGUCCGGUUCGGCCCGUGCCUGCUCCUCGCACCAGACCAGUGGUGAGUGUGUCCAGUCCGGCACGACCCGUGCCUGUUCCACCGGUGCCUGGUCCGGCACCAGUCAGAAGCUCCAGUCCGGAGCCAGAGCAGUCCGCUCCACCAGUGCCUGAUCCAGCUCCGGUCAGCUGCUCCAGUCCGGAGCCAGAGCAGUCCGCUCCACCGGUGCCUGAUCCAGCUCCGGUCAGCUGCUCCACUCAGGAGCCAGAGCAGUCCGCUCCACCAGGGUCCAGUCCAGCUCCGGUCAGCGGCUCCACUCCGGAGCCAGAGCAGUCCGCUCCACCGGUGCCUGAUCCAGCUCCGGUCAGCGGCUCCACUCCGGAGCCAGAGCAGUCCGCUCCACCGGGGUCAAGUCCGGUGCCUGAGCAGUCCGCUCCACCGGUGCCCGGUCCAGCUCCGGUCAGCGGCUCCGGUCAGCGGCUCCAGUCCAGACCCAGACGUCAGCCCCUCUCCAGGUUUGGUGUCUCCCACACCAGGGUCCAGACAGGGCUUGGAGUAUAGUGGGAGGAAGGAGAGGGGAAGCAACGCGCCGAGGUCUAGACCAGACCAAGGGCGCAACAGGGAGGCGAAGAGUGAGAGGUCGUCACGCCCUGAGCCGGAGCCGCCUCCGAGGCGGAAUGCCCACCCGGCACCUACCCUGUUAUGUUUAUGUUGUGCGGUCGGAGUCCGCACCUUUGGGGGGGGGGUACUGUCACGCCCUGACUCUGGGGACUCUUAUUUGUUGAGUCAGGGUGUGAUUUUCUAUGUUGUAUUUUCUAUGUUUUCUAUCUAGUAUGUCUAGAUCUAUGUUGGCCGGUGUGGUUCCCAAUCAGAGGCAGCUGUCGCUCGUUGUCUCUGAUUGGGGACCAUACUUAGGCAGCCUAUUGGCACUGUGUAGUUGUGGGAUCUUGUUCCGUGUAAGGUAUGUUUUGUGUUCUACCUUGGACUUCACGGUUCGUUUGUUGUUUUGUUGUGUUGUUUAUUCGGUUCAAAUAAACAUGUACGCAUAUCACGCUGCGCCUUGGUCCAUCCCGUUCAUCAACGAGCGUGACAUAUAGACUGAUCAUGUCUUUGUCAGUGGGCAAAUGUACAAAAUCAGCAGGGGAUCAAAUACUUUUUUCCCUCACUAUAUUCUCUUUUUUAACUACUGGUAAAUAUCUUUGGGUUGAAUUAAAGUUGUUGUUACAGUGUAAUAACUGAUAUCAGGAUGUUGAAGCACAGAGUUGUCUCUUUUCAGGUCUCACUUCCUCUGUUUGUCUACUGUAGGUUUCUUCCUUGUUCUCAGUCAUUGAAUUAGUUCCUUUUAUGUGAGGUAGUUGUCGGCCUAAGUGCUAGCGUUUGCAAGUUUAAAACCACUGAAUGACAAGCACUACAAAACAUAAACAUUUCAGUUACACUUUAUUGUGCCAGUAAAAAUGUUCUGUAUUACAUAGUAAAAUAAUAGAUACAUUGUACUGACUGUCAUUACUUUUGGGGUGCAGUGAGAACUGAAUCAAACACCACUAAGCAGUAUUUGAAACCAAGUUUUUUUCCUUUUUGUUAGAUUGCACAAGUUUCAGCAACCAUUGCUACCACAUCAUUUAUUGUAGAUUUAAUAGUAAUGAAAUAGUACUGUAAAAUAAGGUAUUACUAAUAGGGCUCUCAAAUGAACUUUAUCCAGGUAUUAGAUGGGGAUUGCUUCCCUAACAAUUGUUUUGUCCAUAGGGCUCCUGUGGCUCCUGCUGGGCAUUCAGCUCUGUCGGGGCCCUGGAGGGCCAGCUGAUGAAGACCACAGGUAAACUGAUAGACCUCAGCCCCCAGAACCUGGUGGACUGCUCCUCCAAAUAUGGCAAUAAGGGCUGCAAUGGUGGCUUCAUGGACCAGGCCUUCCAGUAUGUCAUCGACAACCAGGGCAUUGACUCUGACCAAUCCUACCCCUACAAGGGAGUGGUGAGUAUGAAGUAGUAUUAACAGUAUUAGUAGUGUGUAGCUGGGGUCAGCUGCUCUUGGUAAGUAGCUGUAGUAACUAGCUGGUUGUAGCUUAUUUCACCCUCCACCUCCCCAUGCCACAUUAGCCUUGUGCAGUAGUAUCUGACCCCUUUGUUGUCUUGUCUCCCCUGUUAGCAACAACAGUGUAGCUACAACCCUGCUCAGCGUGCUGCAAACUGUUCCAGGUACAGCUUUCUGCCUGAGGGGGAUGAGGGGGCUCUGAAAGAAGCACUGGCCACCAUCGGACCCAUCUCUGUCGCCAUUGACGCCACCCGACCACUUUUUGCCUUCUACCGCAGUGGUAUGGAAAAACUUCCUUUUAAAAUUAAUUCAAUAAUUGUACAUCUUGGAUCAUGUUUUUAAAAUUUUAAGCAGAGCAUGGUGUUGACAUUGGUAAUGCAAACAAUGUGGCUUUAAUUGUGUUGUAAUUGUCCACUUUAUGGUCAACUACAGUGGGGGAAAAAAGUAUUUAGUCAGCCACCAAUUGUGCAAGUUCUCCCACUUAAAAAGAUGAGAGAGGCCUGUAAUUUUCAUCAUAGGUACACGUCAACUAUGACAGACAAAAUGAGGGGGAAAAAAUCCAGAAAAUCACAUUGUAGGAUUUUUUAUGAAUGUAUUUGCAAAUUAUGGUGGAAAAUAAUUAUUUGGUCUAUAACAAAAGUUUCUCAAUACUUUGUUAUAUACCCUUUGUUGGCAAUGACACAGGUCAAACGUUUUCUGUAAGUCUUCACAAGGUUUUCACACACUGUUGCUGGUAUUUUGGCCCAUUCCUCCAUGUAGAUCUCCUCUAGAGCAGUGAUGUUUUGGGGCUGUCGCUGGGCAACACGGACUUUCAACUCCCUCCAAAGAUUUUCUAUGGGGUUGAGAUCUGGAGACUGGCUAGGCCACUCCAGGACCUUGAAAUGCUUCUUACGAAGCCACUCCUUCGUUGCCCGGGUGGUGUGUUUGGGAUCAUUGUCAUGCUGAAAGACCCAGCCACGUUUCAUCUUCAAUGCCCUUGCUGAUGGAAAGAGGUUUUCACUCAAAAUCUCACGAUACAUGGCCCCAUUCAUUCUUUCCUUUACACGGAUCAGUCAUUCUAGUCCCUUUGCAUAAAAACAGCCCCAAAGCAUGAUGUUUCCACCCCCAUGCUUCACAGUAGGUAUGGUGUUCUUUGGAUGCAACUCAGCAUUCUUUGUCCUCCAAACACGACGAGUUGAGUUUUUACCAAAAAGUUCUAUUUUGGUUUCAUCUGACCAUAUGACAUUCUCCCAAUCCUCUUCUGGAUCAUCCAAAUGCACUCUAGCAAACUUCAGAUGGGCCUGGACAUGUACUGGCUUAAGCAGGGGGACACGUCUGGCACUGCAGGAUUUGAGUCCCUGGCGGCGUAGUGUGUUACUGAUGGUAGGCUUUGUUACUUUGGUCCCAGCUCUCUGCAGGUCAUUCACUAGGUCCCCCCGUGUGGUUCUGGGAUUUUUGCUCACCGUUCUUGUGAUCAUUUUGACCCCACGGGGUGAGCUCUUGCGUGGAGCCCCAGAUCGAGGGAGAUUAUCAGUGGUCUUGUAUGUCUUCCAUUUCCUAAUAAUUGCUCCCACCGUUGAUUUCUUCAAACCAAGCUGCUUACCUAUUGCAGAUUCAGUCUUCCCAGCCUGGUGCAGGUCUACAAUUUUGUUUCUGGUGUCCUUUGACAGCUCUUUGGUCUUGGCCAUAGUGAAGUUUGGAGUGUGACUGUUUGAGGUUGUGGACAGGUGUCUUUUAUACUGAUAACAAGUUCAAACAGGUGCCAUUAAUACAGGUAACGAGUGGAGGACAGAGGAGCCUCUUAAAGAAGAAGUUACAGGUCUGUGAGAGCCAGAAAUCUUGCUUGUUUGUAGGUGACCAAAUACUUAUUUUCCACCAUAAUUUGCAAAUAAAUUCAUAAAAAAUCCUACAAUGUGAUUUUCAGGAAUUUUUUUCCUCAAUUUGUCUGUCAUAGUUGACGUGUACCUAUGAUGAAAAUUACAGGCCUCUCUCACCUUUUUAAGUGGGAGAACUUGCACAAUUGAUGGCUGACUAAAUACUUUUUUUCCCCCACUGUAACUGUUUGGCCUUGACUUGAGGAGAAAUGCAUAUAUCUUGAGAGCUGACUUGUCAUUGUCCAACCCAUGUAUCAUUGUAGGAAUUUACAAUGAUCCAACUUGCACAAAGAAGGUAAACCAUGCUGUCCUUGCUGUGGGUUACGGUACCUUGGGUGGGCAGGAUUACUGGCUGCUGAAGAACAGGUAAGGGGAUUUAGAACUUCACUCAGAGUUUCCAUCUUCAAAGCUCCAUCUGCUCUUCUGUUGUUCUGUAUCUAGAUAUUUAAUCAAACAGGGCUACUGUUCAGGGCUGAGAUGAAAAGAUCCUCCAAGUGGAUGUUUAUUAAACUAGAUUCCCCUUUUCAAACCUCCAAUCUGCUCCUUUGUUCUAUUCCGAGAAACUGGACCAUGUUGAAGGAUAAAAAGGGAAGUGAAAAGAGAACGUAAAACUCAAAUUGGGCUUUAGACAAGUGAACCUUGGUAGUUUGGGAUUUAAUGCUAUUGUUUAUUGUGGGGUUAUUCAACAGGGGGUCCACAGCCCCUUAGGGGUACAGCAGGGGGUCCACCAAAAUAAUAAUCAUUGUAAUAUAAUUUUUCCCUCCCAAUAUUUUUAUGAAUAUCUCUAGCAACAACAGAAUGGACAACAUACCUACUGUAGAAAAGAGGAGAAUAUAUUUUAAAUAUAAACACAAUAUGCAACAAUUUCAAGGAUUUUAUUUAGUUACAGUUCAUAUAAGGAAAUCAGGCAACUGAAAUAAAUUCAUUAGGCUCUAAUCUAUGAAUUUCACAUGACUGGGAAUACAGAUAUGCAUCUGUUGGUCACAGAUACCUUUAAAAAAAAGGUAGGGGCGUGGAUCAGAAAACCAGUCAAUACCAUUUGCCUUAUAUUUUUGUUCAGUAUAAUAAUAUCAACUUUAUCUCUUAACUCCUAAUAUUGAGCAAAUUACACUCAUUGGAGCCAAUUACUGGAGUAUCUAACAUAGGCUUUGAAAAAGCGCCCGUGUAUAGGCUACCAGUACAGCAAGUGCCGCUGGCUGUUGGUUAGCUGACUAAGCUCAACUCCAUGGUGAAAGAGGUUUCUGAUAAACUCCACUAACGGAGUUGAGCAGAGACCAGGCUUUGUGGAAUUUAAGCUCUGCCCAAGGUCAAUACAUUAAAAAAUAUAUAUAUAUGAAACGCUCACCUUGUACCUACCUAUGUUUGUCCUCUGUAGUUGCGUGCCUUUCUUCGUUUGAUGAAAUCCAUAUUUUUUCAAUAAAUGUUAGUCAAAUACAACCACUGACUGUUUGCUUGUUUCUUUUUCUCAAAGAUGGCAACUCAGCACAAAUGAGCAUGUACCAAUUGAAUCUCCGAUGACGUAGGCCUAGAUUGUGUGAUUUGAUUGGACAAUGACUAUUUGGAGACCUAGGCCUGCGUCAUCGGAGAUUCAAUUGGCACAUGCGCAUUUGCGCUGAGUUGCCAUCUUCGAGAAACAGAAACGAGCAAACAGUCAGUGGUUGUAUUUGAUUAACAUUUAUUGAAAAAGAAAGGUACACAACUACAGAGGACAAACAUAGGUACAAGGUAAGCGUUUCAUAAUUUACUUUUUUUGAAGUAUUGACCUUGAGCGAAUCAAUGUAAUCGGAGCUGAAUUCCACAAAGCCUGGUCUCUGCUCAACUCCGUUGGUAUAGUUUAUCAGAAACUUCCUUCACCAUAGAGUUGAGUUUAGUCAGCUAGCUGCUGGUAAACUUUUUUGACUUGGACAUACAUUUUUGCCAACACAUGGCUGGCUAACCUUUGUUUAACCAGCUAAAUAGCUGCUCUUAGUGGAAAUGUGUUUGGAGUUACCUUUCUAGCUAAUAGGCUAUGUUAGAGUUUACAUUUCCUUUUACAAUUAUAAUGUGGGGAGGUCAAAAUAAUGAAAAAACGAUUUACCAAAUCUAUGCCAUUAUGAUUCACCUGAUGAUAAGACAAGACAGGUGAUUUAUUUUGUUGAUUUUUUGUUGUUGUCCCUGGGUCGCCGGUUUGCCUGGGAGGGGGAAGAAAAGCUUGAAGACCCCUGGUUUAUUGAGUAUCGAUGUUCAUUGGAGAUAUGUUUAAAUCUUCUUUACCCUCUGUCUAGCUGGGGCUUAUCGUGGGGAGACCAGGGAUAUAUACGGAUGUCACGCAACAAGGACAACCAGUGUGGCAUCGCCUUGUACGGGUGCUACCCUAUCAUGUAACUCCUGCCAAUCAAAGCGGCCUAACUGGAAAACCUGAACCCUUUUAUUAAUUUAAUGUAAUUCAUUUUUAGUCUUUACCAUUUCACUUUCUGUCAUUACAAAUGAUGUAUAAGGCAAAUGUGAUUAUCUACAUUAUCACUGUAGCUAGUGUCCUGUCCAGGGGGUGUACUUGUACAUCAAGCUACCUCACGCUACAGAAACAGGAGAUAGGGUCCUGCUCCUAUGAGCCGUUCUGGCUCGUACCAAGUAUUGUGCAAGGCUACUUACUUACUUAAAUCAAAGUAGAUUUUGUUAUUGAAUAAAUAUAACUUUGAAAGAACUGAUUUGAAUUGAAUUAAAAUUUCUACAUCCAAACUGUAGUGACUGUAAAUUGCAAUGUGUGUUUAUUUCCAUUUCCUCAGUCACAGUCAAAAUGAAACAAAUGUAGACCUACAUCCUGUGCUCAAAUGUGUGUUGCCAUGCAGCGUGAAGUCAGCAGACCAACAAACUAAAUUGGGUUACAAAUGAGUCAUUUUAAUUUUUUGGUGCAACAUCACAACAAACAAUUUCACAUGAGGUAUUCAAAGGGAUUCUCUUUAGUUGUUGUUACAAAAUGUCCCACCAUGAUUGACAUUUAAAGUGUUGUGUUUUAAGCCUUUGGUUGGUUAGCCACAUUCAUUAGUUAGUCUAACACAUGGACGAGAAUGGCACGAUAAGUAUGGUGGGUGAGUCCUAGUUCAGGAACCCAGACACAAACCCAUGUCAAAUACAAUAUUUCCCUCAAUUUGGCCUCAUUAAAGCUUUUGUAUGGAGUCAUUUAUUCCUGCUUCCAACAGUGGGAUCAACCAGUAUUUCAAAUAUACUAACAUAUUGGAAAAGGAGAAAUGGUUUUACAAAUGUGGAAAAAUAGCUUUAGUCUCCUCUUGACCUUUUGUUUUUGGUUGAACUCUUGAUUCUUGGGCUUUCAUAACUAUUACAGUAAGUCACAUGAUUAUAGUUUGGUACAAGGAAUAGGUAACGUUGAUUACAGCAAGAUCCUCCUUGCUUGGAUUGUCACCUACUUUUUUGGUCUUGAAAAUUAUUAUAUACAGAUUAUUGGUAAAUAUGACUUAUGUAGUGCACUGGACUACGCUUUGGCUGGAUGGGGCUUGGUUGCUCCUGUAACAGAUUGAUUCCAGCACAUUUGGUUUUGAAAAAGCAUGAGAGACAGAUGGACAGACACCCUGAAAGGAUGGAAUCUUUGGUUAAGAAACUUCUUUGCACACAACAUCUCACACAGUUGAGGUAGAUGGGUAAGUAUUCAUGUACACAGGGGGACAAAGGGAACACUGGGGUUACGGAGUCAAAUGACUACCUCUACAGUCACAACUUCAUGUCAAUCUCUCAGUUCCAAUUUCAAAUGCUGAACCUAAAAAUACUGUGUUACUUAGCACAUCUCACUGGAGCAGACUUCACUAUCUUUGGAUUUCUGGUGUACUAAUUUAUAGUACAAAAAAAUAUCAGAGGGUAACCAUGCAUAUUCAAAUAUACCUGUGUUAUUAAGCCCCGGAAGAGUUUCUGAAUAGUUUCUAAACAUCCUCGACUAAGACGUACUUUUACGAUCCACUAGGGGGUGCAACAGGCUAAAUUGAUGACAGACCACUUGCAAUAGUCUAUCAACUCUCCAUACAAAGGGGAGUUCUCUCCCUCAGUCAAGACAGAGAAGACAAUGACUGAGAAGUCUCUCCCCAUUUGAAGGCAGAUUCUAUUCUAAAAUAUGGGCAGCAGAAAAAAUAAAGGUGUCAUGGGGACCUAUCCUAUUGUCUUUGAUAGAACACCAUAUGACAUGCUAGAAAAAAAGGAACAUCAAAACUGGUAGGGGUUUUCAUGUUCCCUGCACCAGACUGGGCCCCCUCCCUCGGUCACAGCAUGCUUACAAUUGUUGCUCAUUAAACUUUAAUUCUACUCUAUUGUGCCCUUCCACCCCCUCUCCCAAAACAUUGCACCCUGUUCAGGGGUGAUUCAGCCACCUCUCUGAUCUCCCCGCCCCCUUUGAAUGCCCCUAAGCCCACGGGUCUGGCCAGGAGCGGACCCUUAGACCAGAUACGCAGAGAGGAGACGGAUGAAAAAGGCUCCCUUUGA